AUGCCUGUGUAUUCAACUGCCAGUCUCAAAUUAUACUCUGGAAACGAGGACCAGCUUGUCAAAGUCUCUAAUGACCUCUGGAAGAGUUUAGUGCCUGUCAACCAUACUCAAGAUUUCAUCACUGUAUCUGUAUCUGUGCCCAGUUUGGCAGCGCAUUCACCUGUCUCUGAGAGUGCAAAGUCCUCUUUUUCCUCCUUUAUAGCACACUGCAAGCCUACUCAACAAGGGGAAGGAAAGAAUGUAGUGUAUGCUAGUAGUCAAUUGAUUAAGGCUGUCUAUGGGCAAGAUGCGUUAUAUCGUUUGGAUGAGGAAGGCGAUGAGGAAGAUGGUGAAAACGAGGAUAGCCGCGAUGAAAAGGACGAAAAUUCUUCUACCUGUCUCGUUGAGAUAAAACCUGUAGAGCUGAUUGAGCUGGAUGAACUGAUUGUCGGCGCUUUGAAUCAGCAUUCAUAUGAGUUUGCACAGAAAGACCAAGAAGCUUUGAUCCAAUUAUUUGUCAAGGAGCCCAAGUCAAUCAUUCGUAGCUCAGGACAAUAUCACUUCGACAAUGGAUUAUCAUAUGAAGUCUUAAUGACAAAUCCUGUGCAACAAGGUUAUAUAUUCGCCAGUGAUCGCACCAGAGUUUUGACCGUUGACAUGUCUGAUACCGCAAUUGCAACUUCAUCGGAAGCAUCUUCGACCAUCACUUCAGUUUCCUCAGUCUUCCACAUGCUCAAUUCGUCCGCAACACCCAACAUUGCUGAGCCCAAAGAGUUCAACGUCAAAAUUUUGCAGAAAAAGUGGCCUGAAUCUCGCUUAUGUCCUUCUCCUAACAGCGCCAACGACGACGAAAGCCGUGUUUAUGUGGAUGUGAGUGAUCUAGCACAGUGUGGUGUGUUUAGCGGUGAAUGGGUGCUCGUCAGUGGAAAUGAUCCCAAAAAGUCAAGGCUUUGUAGAGUGUUUGGCGUAGAUGAUUUUGCAGGCGCUCAAAGCAACAUUUAUCUUCCUCCAGUGCUGUACUUUAACCUCAAUUUACCUCUCCCUCCUGCUCCCAUCGACGACGUCAAAGUAACAAUCACAAAGGUCAACUCGCCUCCAGCUGAUGGACCACCUAUCGCCCAAGCUGUCAGCAUCGCUCGCAUUGCCUCACCUGCCUCUAUGGACAAAGCACUUCAAUCUGCCUUUUUGGAAUCUUUAAAGCAAUGGUUUGAAGCCAAAGAGCGUAUCGUUUGUAAGGGAGAUGUGAUUGCUAUUUGCUUGAAUGAAGACAAUGCUCGUUUAAAGCCUCAAGACGAUGAUUUAAAUGCUCAAGAAGUGUACAUCAAACCAACUACAUUAGCCUACUUCAAGGUCACUCGACUCGAUCAAGGUGAAAAUACGGAUUCAGCUGUCCAUCCCUCUUAUUUUGGUUCUGGACGUCGUAUUGUGCCCAGCAAAACACAGAUGAUUCAAACAGGCGUUGAAUACUCUCGUGUGCCUGCGGGACCCAUCUCUCACUACUAUGAUUUUUCCAAAAAAUUGCCACUGAACAGAUCUAAAUCACCAGCAUACAACCAACUGCAUGAGCUUGUUUCGUCAUCACUUCAUCCCCUCGGCCGUGAUUUUGAGCUGUCCUGCAAUGCCUUGUUUCAUGGCCCAAGAGGUGGAGGAAAAGCAACCUUGGUCAAGGAAGUCGUUGAAGAUCUCGGUGUUCAUUUGUUUGAGUUUUCAGUGUAUGAUAUUGUAUCAGACACCGAUGCUAAAACAGAAGUUCAUUUGAAAGCAAAGUUUGAUAAGGCGGCUGCUCUUGCUCCUUGUGUGGUUUUAUUGAGACACAUGGAAGGAUUAGCAAAGAAAAGUGCUGUGGUAGAGUCUGGUCAAGAACCAUUACUGGCAACUGUUCUUCAAGAGUGCAUCCAAAACGUAAAUGCCGCUCACGCAACCACUGGUUACCCUGUCAUGGUGAUCGCCACUACAGGCGAUAUUGAUGCCUUGCCCUCCAGUGUAUUAUCUUGCUUCAGACAUGAAAUCUCAAUCAACGCUCCUGACGAAAAGGCUCGUAUGCAAAUAUUGACCAACUUGCUUCAUGACAGUCCAUUAGCACCUGAUAUCUCACUCUCCAAUUUGGCUACUCAAACAGCUGCUUUGGUAGCAAAGGAUCUGGUUGAUUUGGUUGCUAGAGCUGGUGUGUUGUCGCUUCAACGUAUUGACCGCUCAAUUCAUCGUAAAGCAGAGGACACUGAAGAAGAAAGCUCCUCUGCAGCAGCUCCAGAUGCUAGUGCAAUUACCACGCAAGAUAUCCAAGCUGCAGGUAUUGUGCUAACUGCUGCUGAUUUCGACUCUGCACUAGGCGAAGCUAGAGCAAGCUAUUCCGAUUCUAUCGGUGCACCAAAGAUUCCCUCCGUAACCUGGGACGACGUUGGUGGCAUGGCUCAUGUCAAGGACGAUAUUCUUGAUACGAUUCAGCUGCCAUUAGAGCAUCCAGAAUUAUUCGGCGCUGGUCUCAAGAAACGUAGUGGUAUCCUGUUGUACGGCCCUCCUGGUACUGGCAAAACAUUGCUUGCCAAGGCAAUUGCUACCUCUUGCUCUCUCAACUUUUUCUCUGUCAAGGGUCCUGAACUCUUGAACAUGUAUAUUGGUGAAUCAGAAGCUAAUGUGCGUCGUGUAUUUCAACGUGCCCGUGAUGCUAAACCAUGUGUCAUCUUCUUUGAUGAAUUGGAUUCGGUUGCUCCCAAGCGUGGUGAGAAAGGAGACUCUGGCGGUGUCAUGGAUCGUAUCGUUAGUCAGCUGCUGGCUGAACUGGAUGGCAUGGGUGAGGGUGGUGAAGAAGCCGGUGCUGGAGAUGUGUUUGUUAUUGGCGCUACCAACAGACCUGAUCUAUUGGAUCCUGCUUUAUUGCGUCCAGGAAGAUUUGAUAAGCUGCUUUACCUUGGUGUGAGUCAAGAUCACGAAUCUCAAUUAAGAAUCAUCGAAGCCUUGACAAGAAAAUUCCGUCUCCAUCCUGAUUUGGAUCUUCGUAGAGUAGCAGAACGCUGUCCCUUCCACUACACUGGUGCUGAUUUCUAUGCGCUCUGCUCGGAUGCAAUGUUGAAGGCCAUGACUCGUGUCGCAGAUUCCAUUGAGACCAAGGUUCAAAAAUUGAAUGAAGACAAGAGGCCUGACCUCCCAAGCCCAUUGACAGCACAGUACUAUCUGUCUCAUUUAGUCACACCAGAUGAAAUUGUCGUACAAGCAGAAGAAAUCGAUUUUGUGAAGGCAUUAGAAGAACUUAUUCCCAGUGUUUCCGCCACAGAACUUGCACAUUACUCGAAAGUGAGAGAGAAGUUUGAAAAAGUGGAAGAUAACGAUGAUGAAAUCAAGGACGAAGACGCACAGGACGCUGCUGCUGUGGAAGCUGAAAUUGAACGUGCACUUUUAGAAGCUAAAAGAAAGGAAGAGGAAGAUCGUGUAAAGACGGCACCUAUGAAGAGCAGAAAAGGCAAAGGGAAACAAAGAGCUGAAUAA